AUGCCUCAAGUUGAUCCAAAACACGCCCAACGUUUCCAAGAACUUGUCAAUCAACCCAUUGAUGAACAAUGUGAAUUCUUUUUAAAGAGUUUUAUCUUUGCUUUGGGUGAUGAUUGGCCAGAAGUUGUGAAACUUUCAAAUGCUUUUAAAAAGUAUAUUUCUGAGAACACAAGUAGUGCUUUCCAAGGACAAUUGGAUGAAGCCCAAGCUGCUGACUUCUUACAAAAGAAUGGUCGUACUCGUACUGCUACUCAACGUCGUGAAGAAAUUCGUGACAUUGACCUUGACUUUAACAAGCACAUUGCUUUCAUUGAAUAUUUGCUUCUCCAUUACAAGCAUAUGAUUUUACAAGAAUAUUACAAGAGACACACUGAACUUACUGCUCCAAAGGACCAUUUAGAAAACUUUGCAAUUGGUGUGACAGGUGUUGGUUAUGCCUUGUUGGAAGAACUUUUCACCAUGCCAGAAGGAAUGAAUGAAGAAUUAGAAAAGGCCAUUUCUGAAUUCUAUGCUGCCAAGCGUGAACGUGAAAAUAAGAUUAAAGAUCUCGAAUCCAAGUCACACGGUGAAGGAGUUGGUGCUUUGCGAGCAAAGAAUGAAUUGGCACAAAUGCAAGCACAAGAUCAAACUGAAACAAACAAAAUGGAAAUGACAUUGAAUGCUGCCAAGAGAAAGGCGCUGAAACACAGCGGAAGUGAAGCAUUGGCUCAAAAGAAAAAACAACAAGAAGAAGAGGAAAAGAAAAAGUUGAUGGAAGGAAGACAAAAGAUGAAGGAAAAAUCUGCAUUGUGGGAACAAAAGUAA